UUUGCUACUGGAUGGCUUUCUAAGCACAGUGUGCUGAGCGUAAACAUGCUGCCACACAUCACACCCUUCACUUAAACCUGCGCCCCGAAGCUCUUUAGGCGCCACUGGCAGCAACUGCUGCUGACGGGGUCACUUCUAAACGCCGCCCUGACGGAGGAGGCGACGACUCUGCGUACGGGGAACUUCAGAAGGCGACUUCUACCCCGCUGUGGAUCACACACUUGACAAAUGGUGUGAUGGAUCGUUUGCAUUCAGCAAUCCUCUCUGGGUAGAUGUGCUACAGAACAGUAGCGACGGUUCUGUGCGUGAGUGUGUGUGCGUGUAUUUGUGCGAAUGUGCACUCCUAGAAUAGAAAGCCAAAGGGAGAAGCAGAGAGGCGGGAUCGGAUCGGUUCAUGCCUUGUUGAAAUCCAGGGUGAACAAAUAGAUCGUCUGUAACAGAUCGAUCCGCACUUCGCGCUCCCUUUGCGGAUUUGAUGGAUGUUUGAUCAGUGGAUGUGAUGCCCAUAUAUAUCAUCGACCGAAAAUUUCCGGACACAUCUGGUGAGUUGAUACUGCCGGCAUCUGAAGGAGGAGACCUGAGAAUGGCAGAGACCAGCACCCCCAAGUCAGCUAAGAAGCCCCGCUGGACCUCCCUGGAAAUUGGCCUCAUUACUAUUGUCUCCUUGCUCUUCAUCGUCAUCGUCGCCCUCAUCAUCCUCUUUGCCACUCAGAAGACGGAUGAAAUCUGCACCACAGCUGACUGCACACAAUCAGCGUCUCGUCUCAUUGAGAACAUGGAUGCUAGCGCGGACCCUUGUGACAACUUCUACCAGUACGCCUGUGGAGGUUGGCUUAAAAAGAAUAUCAUUCCAGAGACCAGCUCUAGAUACAGCACCUUUGACAUCUUACGAGAUGAACUGGAAGUCAUCCUCAAAGGUCAGACACCAACACACAGACACUCAAACAAACAAACAAAGAUCGAGAUACAAAAAGGCUUCAAAACAGACAGGUAGCGGGAGCCUGUUUUCACUGGAGGAUUAAUACUGUAUUUAGCCUAUGAUUAAGAGUUGUACAGCACUC